CCUUGGUUACUAAGCUACAAAAAGGGGAAUUGUGUCUUGAAAGCUUGUCGUCUGCUUCUAAAGGACGGUUACCGUUUCAUCGUGUUUAUUGUUCGAGACAACUAAACUAAUACAGGAUGAGUCUUUCAGAAGUUUUUCGUCCGAAUACAGGACCCGCUGGACUAGUUGUUCGCGAUAACAUAUCUAACGGUGUACCAGUUGCCAGUGAUAGUUUUUUACGGCAGCGUCCAGCAACGCAAGGAGGAAAUCGUUUUGGUCAACUUAGUCGUAGUCAGUUCUUCACCAGACACAACCCUCAUCCUAGUCGAGUUAGACAUUUUAAAGGUUUAUUAGAUGUGCCAAUAUGUUCAGUGAACGAUGAUGGAAUAUUUGCUUCUCCAAAAUAUAGUCUACCAUUUCCGCCGAACAAUUAUAACUCAACAAAAAUAAGCAAAUGGAAUGGGCGUAUACCCGUUAAUUCACUUAACGUAGAUUCUCAACGUCAUUCAACAAAUACUGUGGCCGGAUUAAAUUACUUCACUGGAUUAAAUAGUUAUCCAUUUAGAGAGAAAGCAGUGCCCAAAGUCGGACUAGUGCCCGUGACAGAAUCUUGGAGAGACCAGUUAAAGAUGUUUACUGAUCAACUAAAUGGUGAUGAUAAUGUAGUAGGUGUUAAACGUGAAGAAGAUAGACCAAGAACAACUAUGUAUUCUAGAGACACUGGUCGUAUUAUCCCUCCUCCGUCUAGAGCAAUGUCACGCCAUGCCUCCAGAAGAGGCCAAAGAACACCCUUUGCUGGCGGCUUUCAACACAUUUCUUCAGAUCCAGAUAUCGAAAAUAUGGUAUUGACCAUGUUAUGUCAGAUAUUACAAACAGAAGAUACUAAUGCUGUACAAGCCUGGUUAUGUUCUGCUGGUGAACGGGAAAAAGCGAUUGUUAUGGAUUUAAUAAAAGCAGCAAUGGUGGGAAAAGAAGAAUAUUACGGUCAACAACAACCUGUACAGAUAUUUGAAGAAGAUCCAGCUAAAUCAUUUUUACCGCCAAUAAAUGAGGGUAAUGGUCUAAUUAAUGGUGAUGCUAGACUCGCAGGAACACAGAGUAAAAUAGAUAGAUUAAUAGUAGAAAAUGGUGACGAAAACCAGAAAUGGUCUCCAAGUAAAUUACAAAGAGCAGACGAUAUUUUAGAAAUGCCUGCCGGAAUACAUCCACCACUGGCUUCAAAACCAAUUGUUACAGAUACCGACGAUAACAAUGGUGUACAACCACCGUCUACUGAAGUGUUUCGACCAGCUACACAGGGUCCACAAUGUCAGUUCCAACCAUUAGAAGCCCAGCUUCCAACUGGUGACAUGAUGAACACCAACAGUACAUCACAACCUACAGGAACAUGGAAUCCUUUUAAUUCAGUCAGCCAGAACACAUUUUAGAAAUAUAAUUGCUUCAGCUUUUUAACUGAAUCUAAACCCAUUUGCUUGUCUUCGUCACAGAAAAUAUUUCUCAUGGUUAAAUCAGAUGUGUUUUCAUAGUGCAGUGGAUUUAUGUUUUUUAAUAAAAGAAGUAUAAUUAUCUUAACUACUUUCAAUAAAAAUAAUUAGGCACAUUUCCAACUUUAAAAUGUUUUAGGUUUGAUAUAAAAUCUUUAGGGAUUGAGGAACACAUUAAACAGAACACAAUUUGUAUGGGAGAUUAAUCACCGGUUUAAUUCUAAAGUCACCUCCUUUCAACAAGUAUCCCAUUAUUGUUAUAACCGGAUACUUGCCGAAGCAUCCUGCUUUUAUAACCUCAGUGCUUUUAGAAUAAAACCAAUGAUUGGUCUUCCUGUUUAAGAUUAGAUAUAAUAAAAGGCAUUAUGAUUAAAAUCAGAUUUUUAUUAGGUUAGGUCAGGGGUAUAGAUCGUGUGAAUUUCUUGACUUAACAAAUUGUCUAUGUAUGUAAACAGGAGUGGUAAUUUAUGGGAAAGCAUGGUCUAUGUAUUAAGUGUAUGAUUCUAAGUGACAAUCAAAAAUAACCUGAACGAAAUUGUAACGAUUUUAAUUAAGGGCAUUUAAUAAUUCAAAAUAGAUUCUUUUCAGAAUAAUCAAUCUACUUUGUGUACUGUAAACAUUGUUAUUUGUGUAUAUUUGAAGUGUUGUGUAUAUAUAUAUAAUAGUUUUAUUUAUUACCAUCCAGUAUUUGUUGUAAAAGAGUUUUUUUUGUAUAGAUAUCAUUAAUAAAAGUUUGUGAUAUCUGAAAGUACACAUCAUUCAUGGAUUAUUAUAUUUACUUGUAUAAUAACUACAUAAUACUAUUUCUUAUAUCAUCCUUUUAAUAUGUUUGCUGUUUACUAGUCUCCGACUAAAAUAAAUUCCUGAACAUUAACAAAUUUGUAUUUUAUUCGUUUGUGAAAAUUGAUAUCCCUUUGCCUGUGUACUUGUAUAUAAUGUAUAUAUUAACCUGUUCCUUGCUAAAUCAUUGUUGUAAAUAGAUUUAUACAUAUCAUGCAUAAAGCUUUUGUGAGAA